GACGCCACAUGCGAGAUGCCCCCGACGGGCGGUGCCGCGGGGCCGGUGGGACUAGUGCUGGCCAUCGCCUACCUGGCCGGAGUGGGCGCCUUCGACACCUCGCAAUGCACCGCGGCCCUGGGCAUGCAGUCGCGGGCCAUCCCCGACCAGGACAUCUCGGCCUCCUCGUCGUUCCACGUCGGCAACGUGGGGCCGCACCGCGCACGCAUCCGCACCGAGGGCCACGGCGGCGCGUGGUGCCCGCAGCAGCAGGCCACAGCUGACCCCAGCGAGUGGCUGCAGGUGGAGCUGCACUCGGUCCACGUCAUCACGGCCGUGGAGACGCAGGGCCGCUUCGGCAACGGCCAGGGCCAGGAGUACGCCGAGGCCUUCAUCCUGGAGUACUGGCGGCCCUCGCUGGACAAGUGGGUGCGCUACCGCGACCAGGAGGGUGAAGAGGUGCUGAAGGGCAACCACAACCCCUACACGGAGGAGAAGCGCGUGCUGCUGCCUCCCAUCUGGGCGUCGCGCCUCCGCUUCCUGCCCUACUCGUACCACCGGCGCACCGUGUGCAUGCGCGUCGAGCUGUACGGGUGCCCGUGGCGCGGCGGCGUCGUGUCGUACGCCAUGCCGCAGGGCGACAAGCGCGGCGCCAGCUGGGAGUUCUUCGACACGUCCUACGACGGGCCCUGGGACCCGCAGCCCCACAAGGGCCUGGGCCAGCUCACCGACACCAUCUACGGCGACGACAACUUCAAGAUGAGCUACUACGAGUCGGACAAGGGCGGCCAGGGCUGGGUGGGCUGGCGCAACGACUCGCGCGCCGGCCAGCCCGUCGAGAUCGUCUUCGAGUUCGACACGGUGCGCGAGUUCCGCUCCAUGGACAUCUUCUGCAACAACCAGUUCACCAAGGAGGUGCAGGUGUUCUCCGAGGCGCAGGUGAUGUUCAGCGUGAGCGGCCACAACUUCCCCGGGCAGCCCAUCACGUACACGUACCGCGAGGACCGCAUCUUCGAGAGCUCGCGCAACGUGUCCAUCAAGCUGCACCACCGCGUGGGCCGCUUCGUCAAGCUGCGCCUGCACUUCGCCAACAAGUGGAUGCUCAUCUCGGAGAUCUCGUUCGACUCGGUGGUGGCGCACGGUAACUUCAGCGACGAGAACCACAUCCUGCUGCCCGACGUGGAGCCGCCGUCCGACCGCGUGCAGGACGACGUGUUCGUCGAGAAGGUGCUCAACAAGGCCUCGCCGUCGCCGACCCUGCACGCUGGCGGCUCCCCCACGCGCUCGUCCUCCGACCAGGGCGCCGAGUCGCCUGCCGCGCAGCCGCCGCAGCAGCCCGAGACGCCCAUCUCGGCCGUGGAGAAGGAGGACACGACGUACGUGGCGGUCAUCAUCGGCAUCCUCAUGGCGGUCGUCAUCAUCCUGCUGGUGGCCGUGUUCCUGGUGUACACGCGCAGCCGCCACCGCAAGGGCUUCCUGGGUGCGCUCAUCUCCAAGACGUCGUCCUCGGCGCACCACCACCAGGGCCACCACCUGAGCAGCCUCAAGAAGGCCCCCAGCUUCGCCGGCUCCUACGGCGUCGUCAAGGACUUCGAGCACAAGAGCUACCUGGUGGCGACGGCCGGCGCCGGCGGCCAGAAGUCGACCCUGCUCACGAACGGCGGCACCCUGGGCGGCAGCGGCGUGUCCCUGCCGCAGUCGGGCGCCAACGGCGACAUGACGCACCUCCUGGACUCCAAGUGCAACUACUACCACGAGCCCUUCCCCUUCUACAGCUACAGCACCGUGGUCAGCGAGCUACGCAAGAACGGCGCGCCCGUGCUCAACGAGACGCAGUACGCCGUGCCGGAGACAACGCCCUCGAACAGCACUCCGCUGCUCGCCCCGGAGGACACGCUGCCCGGGCUGCCACCCUUCCCCGGCCCCGCUCCCUCGCCGUCCGGCCCGCCCUCCGACGCCAUGAGCCCCAUGACGGCCACCGGCAUGGGCGGCAUCGGGUCGUCGGCCACCCUGGGCGGCGCGCUCGGCGGCACCCUGGGCGCCGGGGGGUUCGCCUUCGCCAGCUCGGCCAGCGACAAGGGCAGCAGCCUGCACUCCAGGAAGGGCAGCCUCUCCGACGACGGCCUCAAGACCAAGAGGGAGGUGAUGCGGUCCCUGAAGAAGCGCCUGCAGUCCGUGACAGUGCCCGAGUUCGCGCGCCACCGCCUGCGGAUGCUGGCCCGGCUCGGGGAGGGCGCCUUCGGCACGCUGUACGUGGCCGAGGCCGAGGGCAUCGCGGACUACGGCGGCGGCGGCUCCACCGGGGCGCGCCUGGUGGCCGUCAAGUUCCUCAACCAGGGCGCCAGCGAGAAGGAAAAGCUGGACUUCCAGCGCGACGUGCGGCUGCUGUCCGCCCUCGAGGACCCCAACCUGGCGCGCGUGCUGGGGCUGUGCACGCGCGGCGAGCCGCUGUGCGUGGCCCUGGAGUACCUGCCGCACGGGGACCUGCACCGCUACCUCAGCUCGCGGUCGCCCGACAUGUACGCGGACCCGCGCAGCCUCAAGGCGGACCCGCCCACCACGCUGGGCUUCGGCACGCUGCUCUACAUGGCCACGCAGGUGGCCUCCGGCAUGAAGUACCUCGAGUCGCUCAACUUCGUGCACCGGGACCUGGCGGCGCGCAACUGCCUGGUCGGCGACGACUACCUCGUCAAGAUCUCCGACUUCGGCACCGACAACGAGGUGUUCGCCGCCGACUACUACCGGCCCGAGGGCAACCUGGCGCUGCCGGUGCGGUGGAUGGCGGCCGAGUCGCUCUUCAUGGGCAAGUACUCCACCAAGAGCGACGUGUGGGCCUUCGCCGUCACGCUGUGGGAGAUGCUGCACUACUGCCGCGUGGCGCCCUACCCCGAGCUCAGCAGCCCGCAGGUGGUGGCCAACCUGGCGCACCUGCACCAGGGCGACGAGCGCCUGUUCAACCCGCUGCCGCUGCCGCCGCUGCCCCCCGCGGCGCGGGACGUGUACAGCCUCAUGUGCGAGUGCUGGCGGCCUCAGGAGUCGGAGCGGCCUUCGUUCCGGGAGAUCCACUUGUUCCUGCAGCGGAAGAACCUCGGCUACAGCCCCACCGGCAUGGGCUCCAUGGCCAUGGGCUCCAUGGCGUCCGCCGCCGCCGCCGCGCUGUCCUGACAGUCGGACAUCCGCUUCCUCUGAGGGGCGGCGCACGGGGCGGCGCACGGGGCGGCCCACGGGGCGGCGGGCCCGCCCAGUCCGGCCCUGGACCUGAUGCCGCUCCUGGAGUGGAACGGCGCCGGCUUCGGGGACCACAGCGACGACGACGAGCAGUGUUGAGGGUUCGAACCCCGUCGGCGCCAGAUGACUCUUUUUGUGCUUAGCUCUGGCGCCGACCUGGCCGCGGAAGUGGCCCGCAGUGAUAGUGACGCCAUUUGUUCGGCGCCUCGACGCGCCCCGAGGACUUUGGAAGCGUCUGCGAUGCUGGAGUGGCGCAGUGACUCACCAUGGCAAUAAGUAAAUUUUGAUAACAAAGUGUAACGGACAAAUUUUAUUUUGCGAGCUGUGUUGUCAUAGGUCUAUUUUUACGUUGGUGGUGUAUUGUUAAUCAGUGGUUAAUAGCCUCAAGUGAACCGUGUCAAGACGGCAUCUCCCCUUCAAGAAAAGUCAUAUCGUCUUUACGAGAAGUUGUAAAUUUUUUUAAAGAAUAUUUAUGGCAGUGUACAGUGUAGAUGAAAGUUUUAUUACGACCCAUUGCUUGCAAAAUUUCUAGGUAGGCUUCUGUAAAUAAAAGUAUUCAUGUAAAUUCAAGGUUCUCGUUCUCUACGCACGAGCCCGUUACCACACCUGUAGUUCCUUUGGUUAAUCUGAUUGUGAUACUGGAAGAAUAGUUAACUAUUAUUUUUGCUCCACCGCUUAAGUCGUGCACAACAAAUUUGUUUCUCGUAUUUCUCGUUAUGGUUGUUGACAAUUGACUCUAGUGGUACACCGUGUACAUUGUGUAAAAAUCCGCGUAGUUUUGUAGCCGCCACCUAAUUUUUAACGAGCGUUCAGUGACUUUUUCCUCGUACAAGCUUUUGUGUAUAUUGGUCACGCACACUACACUGUCUUGCUGGUUGGUGCUGCUGUUCCGGGCGUAGCGCCGACCCUUUCGAGACAGUAACAAUCCUGGCGCGCCUUGAAAAUUAUUCUUUUUUUUUUCUUCAUUUUUUCCCCCUUUUUGGCGGCCCUUGAAAGUGUGCUCGAAAUGCUGUGCGCUGCGCUGUCGCUGUUAUAUCUUUUACAAGUCACAUCAAAAGGGACGCUUUGUCUUUGCCGGCACAAAGGGCGGUGCUCCUUGUCCGAGGCCCGAAGGACUCCGACGAAGGGCCUUUCGGAAGACGGCUAAUGAUGUGUGCAAUAUAUCGCGCCUUGCUUUUCACAAGAAGCUGGCAUUUCUUUUGUCUUUACGUUGUUCCGGGCGGCACAUACACCGCCAAAAAAAGCAUCGCCAACUAGCGAAACUGCAUAUCACGAAAGUAUAUGUGUCACUUUUUUCGAGACAAUAAAUAAGUAGCAUGAGAAAUUCUGUUUUCGGGUUUUGCUGUUCUCAGCAGUAGUGUAGAGUUAUCAUUUUGGAGUGUGUCUUGUUAUUACUGAAGCAGCACUUAAGUGAAAAUUAAUCCUAGAAUGCCAAAAGACCAAUUCUGGUAAACUGUCUGAAUUUGUAGACGUUUAUUUCGUUUCGAAAGCGAUGGGAACAAUACUGUAGAACAAAUGAGUCAUAUCUCACACUUGUAACUAGUUCAACUCUGUACAUAAAUUCGGAAUUCCAUGUUUUCUACGUAUUUACUAAGUCGGCAAAUUUUGUACCAUCCUAUACGAUCGUAUAAGACACAACGCUACUUGUGUCAACAAAAGAUAUAAUAUACCUAUUUACAUUUCUAAAUUGCUUUGUUUUGCUAGUAGACAAACCUCACGUGUAGAACAUAAUAAAGGCGGAGUGCAGUCAAGUACAAAUGGGAUUGUUGACUAUUUUAACUGUAAAUGUAAUAUUUUUACACUGUAGGCAGAACAUUCAGCACAAAUACAUUGUGAUGCUGGACGCCAAUUUGUACAACACCAGUAUUGUAAGUUCACAAAAUUAGUAGCCCGCAGCUACUUCCACGGAGUAGAGUUUUUGUUAGAGUUUAAGCAUGUUUUUGUUGUGAAAUAUUGUUUAAGUUUAAGUAGAAUACGCAUUUGCUGUAUCUACUUUCCGCCAAGACUGAUACAAUCAAUACGAAUGUGAGGCAUGCUGGCCAAUUUCAAUCUACUGGUGCAACAUAUCACAUACUUUAAGUUAUUUCCUAAAUGUUCUUCACUUACUUGGGAGAAUUCUGUUUUUUUUAUUGGCAGUACGGCUGCAAGACUUUCUGGCUCUGCGAGCCAAUAGGGCGAACUACAUUUUCUUUUCCUCCUGUAAAUCUGUUGUAAAUUUUAACUGACUAUAGUCGCUGACACUAGCUGUGAAUAUAUACCUAGACCUCUUAAUUUUACCUCCUCCUUUCCACCCUGCUAGGUGUGUGAAAUUGGUUCUAAAUAAAGAAAAUGAUCGCAGAAAA